CCACCCCUAUAUCUCGUAUGAAAGGGAAAGGACAGAGUACUUCUUCGUGGUUUCUGAAGUCCUACUAGUUGUUGACGUCAUUCCAAUAGAAUCCACAUCCCUUGGGUACCCCUCGAACAUUGACCUUUGCUGGAAGAGAGAACUCAUGUGGAGGAUUAAGUUCAUAUACCUGUCUGUGCUACGUAUAGCUUGAAUAAGUGAGUCUUGUAUGUUUCAAUUACAUCUACGUGGCCAAAAAAAAACUAUGUACUGCGGUUUAAAAAAACCAGACGUGCGACAAAUCAAAAGUUCAUAUCAAAUGGUGUUUUUUUUUUUAAUAAAGGACCUUUUUAACCCAGGCAGUCACUCUAACAAAAUAAGAUCUCCAUAGUUAGCUAUACAACACAGCGCCGCGCCGCGCCGGUCGGCACGCCCCCAACAAUGAAAAUAAAAGGACCCCGCGGUCGGGAGCAAGGCUAAAACGAGAGGGUGGAUUCCGUUGUCUGUUGUCCUUGUUGCACCAAUGAGCUUUCGAAAGCUUUUGGUCCCGCCAACCUCCUUAUUCCCUAUGCUGCCCUGGUACAUUCCCGCGCCACAAACGCCACUGUCGCUAGCCGCUUUCUCCUUCUCGUGAACUUUUUAGCUAUCGUAAUCGAGAAAGGGACGUUAUAUUUAUUGCUUAUGUCUCGUUCUACAGCAUGAAUUGUUCUCCACGUAAAUGAUAUAAGAAUUUAUAGUCAUGUAGAGUUAUAAUUUACUCUGUAAAGUAGUAUCUACAUUAAAAAUUGCCAUUUCGGAAGCUUUUUUUAAAUAAUUAACUUAUAUUUGAGAAAUUAAUGAGGUUUUUUAUUAUUUCAGUAUGUUGGGGAGCACGUAUGUCUCAGCAAGGGCCUUUGAUGCCGACCGCAACUGCUCCGGUUCUGACAUCCAUGAUGGCUCGGUCCCCGGUCCCGCUGACCAUCAUACAGGAGCAGCCCACGGUGCCAGCGCCGCCUAUCUGUGCUGACGCUACUGACAUCACCACGCCCUUAUCCAGGCUUCGCAGCGCUAUGAAAAACCCGGCCUACACACAAAUGAACGCGUUCUUUGAUGCUUUUCUUAUAUUCUAUACUGACGAACAUUUGAGCGAAGAGCCGUUACAACCAGAGCGUCGCUUGGAGUACAUCAGCGGCUGGGAUGGUGCGGGCACUGGGGCCGUGCUGGCAGACGGCGGCGCGGCUGUGUGGGUGCCGUCCGGCGACGUGCGCCGCGCGAGGACCAUGCUAACCUGCGCCUGGCUCGUCAUUGAUGCCGACGACCCUAGCCAGCCGACGGUCGCCGAGUGGAUUUCCGAGAGGUUAGCACGCAGCGGUCGCGUAGGCGGCGACGCUCGUUUGACGUCGGUAGGAGAAUGGCAGGGCCUAUCCACGGCCCUACAGCGCGAGGGCCUACAGUUAGUGCACAUACCUACAUUGGUUGACCAGCUCUGGAACGAGGAACCCGACCCAGAUCGCAGGAGGCCAGACUUUCCUAAAACCGUUGCAAAAAAUUACGAAAUGGAACACGCUGGCGAAAGCUGGCGCGACAAAGUGACUGCGGUCCGAAACGAAUUACGCUCUGUGGGGGCCGACGCUUUGAUCGUGACAGCGUUAGAUGAGGUGGCGUGGUUGCUGAACGUGCGCGGGCGGGACCUGCCUUACGCGCGCCUGCUCAAGGCCUUCGUGGUGGUGAGCAUGCGCGACGUGCGCGUCUUUGUCCCGCCGGGAAAGCUGUCCGUGCACGUGCGCGACGCGCUCGCUGUGUACAACUGCGUCACUAACAACUGUACGAGAGUAAGCGAGUACACUACCAUCUACUCGGAGCUACGCCGUGCACCUGAGUCUAAGAUCUUGAUCCCGGCCGCGGGCACCUUCCAGCGCGGUGCGUCAGCUGCCAUCGCUCAGAGCGUGCCGCCCGCCAAGCGCGUGUUCCUGCUCUCGCCCAUCAUUUAUCUGAAGGCGCAGAAGAAUGAGGCUGAGGUCAAAGGCAUGAAGAAGGCACAUUUACGCGAUGCCGUCGCUAUGUGCACUUUACUGAAUUAUUUAGAGACUAAGUCGGGUCUCAGCGAGAUGUCAGUGGAGGUGACGGUGGACAUCACCCGAGAGACGCAGGCGGGCUACGUGGGCCCCUCCAUGAAGACCCGCGUGGCAUACGCUGCCAACGCCGCGGACCCCGACUACAGAGCCACUAACGUUACCAACAGACGCAUCUUCAAGAACGCUACCCUCGUUAUACAGUCUGGGGGGCAGUAUGAUGAGGGUACAACAGUGGUAACUCGCACUGUUCACUAUGGGACACCGUCACGGGACGAGCGGCGCGCGUACACGACGGUGAUGAGGUCUAUGGCGGCGCUAGCGGGGCUGCGCGCGCCCGCCGCGCUGCCUGCCGCGCACGCGGACCCCGUGGCACGCGCGCCGCUGUGGGCCGCCAAACAAGACUACCCACAUCCCACCGGACAUGGGGUUGGAGCUGCCCUGGCUAGGAGAGAAGAUCCAGUAGUCCUAGAUUACAGACAAGACACUAAUCUGCACACCCUAAGAGAAGGAUACUUUAUUACGAUUGAGCCCGGUUGGUAUGAACCUGGUAAAUAUGGCGUCCGUCUGGGGAACAUUUUUGAAGUGGUAUCCAGACCUAACGGGUACCUAGGGUUCAAAGAGUCUACUCUGCUGCCCUACGAUCCCAAGUUGAUUGACAAAGCUUUGCUGACCGAGUAUGAGAUAACAUGGCUAAACGGGUACAACGACAGAAUAAGAAAAGAAGUUGGCCCUGAAUUGAAGGCAAGAGGUCUGACGGACGUUUACUACUGGAUGAUGAACAAGACGAUACCAUUCGAACUGCCAUCUAAAGCCAAGAAACUAACAAGCAGCUCCGCCGAGCCCAAUGUUGUUCAAAAGGUCACUAACAUAAUUCUUGCUAUAACUGUCCUCCAUGUUGUAGUAUGAGACUAUAAUUUAUAUUGACGCAGUGACAGUUGUAUCACCUGAACUGACAAUUUUAAAAUUACCUAAAUGUAAAAUGUAAGUUAAUGUUAAUGUAAGCACAUUCAUUAUACUCGCAUAAUCAGGCAAAAAGAUUUUUUAGUAUACUUUAUUCUGUGCUAAUCCCCUGUAAGAUCGCGAAAAAAAAAUUAAGUGGUUUAUCAUGGCCGUACAGAUUUGUCAUAAUUUUAGGUACGUACUGUAUUUAAGAAAGAAGAAAAAAAAUAUAAGAAGGCCAUCAACAUU